AAACUAACCAUGCACACAAAUUAUUGAAGAAAAUAAAAGUAGCAGUGAGAAGAAUAUCAUAUCUUCAGGUUUAAUACCCACUUAGUAUCUCAUUCCUUCCUGCUACUCCAUAAUUUCUGAGACUAAAAUAUAUAGUGAGAUGAUCUAUCUCAAGUUCCAGCAGAACUAAAGUUAAAUUCUUUUACUGAAGAGCUGCUAGAGAGUAUAUAUUGGCAAUUUGUUAAUAGAUUAAUUUGCUUUUGAGGGGAUGCUUACCUAACAGGAUCUUAAUUUUUGCAGUGGACUUUCAGUCGUCUUUGUCUCUAAUCUCUACUUGGUGGUAGUUUGUCUAACCAAAGCCUGUGGAGACCAUAUAUGUGAAGCCUAUGGUCUCUCAUAUACAUUAAAACUUUGGAUGUAGUCAGUCAGUGCUUAAUUAAGUCAAAUGCCUCACAACUUGAAAAGGUAUUUAUAGAGCAUAAGAAAAUCUUUAAUUUACUAAUGCACAGUAUAGUGCAUAACCAGUUGCAAAAGCAAGCAAGAUAGAGCCUGAAAAAUCGGAUUUCUUCUGUUGAAAAGUUGAUUAGCAAUGUUCUGUAGAAUGUACAUUGUUUAUAUGCCCUCUGAGAAGCUGGCAUUUCCCUUGGGGGGCAUGUAAUUAAUUGGCUGUUAGCCACAGGAAAUACAAUUCAUGUAUUUGAAAGCAUCAUGUAAUAUUUCUUGGCAGAAAAGGUAGCUGAGUUGUAAACCAUUCAAAUAUUCUUAGAUAGUUUAGUCAGCAUAAAUAACUUUCAUAAAUUACUAUAGGAAGGUUAGUAUUAUUGCGGUGGACCACCAGGUACUAACAGCACAACUGAAAUUCUGCUGUAUAUUCAGUAGUUCAUUUACAUCUGUUAGAAGGGCUCACAAAAUAUUUAAAAUUACUCCCUGUAUAAUUAGGUUAAGGGAGAGGGGUUUUCUGUUCUGACAGUAUCUCUUCAGUGGCUCCACAUUUCCUGCAUGUGAACAAACUAAAAUCUGAAGUGGUAUGUACAAUUUGUGUUGACUAAGUCCUGCAAAUCUUCUGACAUAACCAAGAUACAGGUGCAUGUGUUGGGAAUACUAGAGGAAUAUUGAAUAGAAUAUAGGAUUUUUUGUGUGUGUUUACUGAGUGUUAAUGGUCCCUUUUUAAAAAGCUUUAUCUGACACAAAUUUAAUUACUAGUUUGAAGUUGAAAUUAUGGAUUAUGGCCAUCCAUGCAAAAUCGACUUUGAAAAAAGCUAAAAGGAGGAAUUUGAAAUACCAGCUGUCGUGGGGGCUGCAUAAAACUCUUAAUCUGGUGCUUUUAAAGACUUUUAAGGUGGCUGCACUGCUAAGCCAUUUUUCAUGAUGUGUAAAUGCUUAAAUUGGAAGUGUGCUGUCUUGUAAUCUCUAAAGGGUAUGGCAGAUGAAUAUGAGAUGAACAUAUUUACAUAUCUUGCAUGGAAUAGGUCAGUGCCUGGUAAAUCUCUUCACGAACAUCAUGCUGAAGGGCAGAGCGUGAACGUGUGAGAUUUUUAAAACAUGGAUCUUUGUGAGCUACAAUUCAUAUGGUUAUAGUAGUAGAAUGCAAUACUCUUGCAAGCAAUCUAUAUAUUAAUAGAAUGUGAAUUUUUGCCUAAUUCUCAACCAGUGUUUAAAUGUUUGUUUUGAUAGAGUGUUAAUGCUUCUUUCAUUAAUUCUGUGAGUUUGUUUAGUGGAAGAAGUCUACUCUCCUGGCUGUCAUAAAGGCUUGUUAGCUACAUGUGGAGUUGAGAACAAAUUGGCCUGACUUCCCCAACUGCCAAGUAUCUGCUCUGAUGUAAAAUGGCUAGAAGUUCAUAGGGAGGAGGAUUAAAAACCUUCAUUGGAGUUUGACCAUGUGGCUGUUGAAACCCUGAGUUUAGAUACAGUUUAGCAGUGAAAAAUAAACUCUCUCUCGGACUGCUGUUCUGGGUUGAAUGGAGAAUCCUCCCCUGAAUUUGAAAGCACCACUCUGUUGCAACCAUGGUGUCUAGAACUGUUCUUGUGUCAUACGCAGUAGUGACCUGUGCUCUGCGUGUUUUUCCUGCAGUCUGUCACCAUUGUUUGGCUGUUACUAAGGCAGUGGAAGUGCAGAAAGAUCAUUCAGUCUGUACUGGAAUUGAAAACCUGCCUUGUGGAAUGAGCGGGCCGCUGGCUGUUCCUUAGCUCAGUUCUGUAUUGCUGGCUGUUCCUGCUGCUGUGUAGAACUUGUAUAGAGGCAUCACUGCAAAGCUGAGAGGGACUCUGAAUAUGUCUGGCAUAGCUCUUAGCAGACUUGCACAGGAGAGAAAAGCCUGGAGAAAAGAUCAUCCAUUUGGAUUUGUAGCAGUACCUACAAAAAAUCCAGAUGGCACGAUGAAUCUAAUGAACUGGGAGUGUGCUAUUCCAGGAAAGAAAGGGACACCAUGGGAAGGAGGCUUAUUUAAACUACGCAUGCUUUUCAAGGAUGACUACCCUUCUUCGCCCCCAAAAUGUAAAUUUGAACCGCCGUUAUUCCACCCAAACGUGUAUCCUUCAGGCACAGUGUGUCUCUCCAUCUUAGAGGAGGAUAAGGACUGGAGGCCAGCAAUCACAAUUAAACAGAUCUUGUUAGGAAUACAAGAACUUCUAAAUGAACCAAAUAUUCAAGACCCAGCUCAAGCAGAGGCUUACACAAUUUACUGCCAAAACAGAGUGGAAUAUGAAAAGAGGGUUCGAGCACAAGCCAAGAAGUUUGCACCAUCAUAAGCUUCUGUCAUGCAGCAUCUUAAAAAGGAAGGGAUUGGUUUGGCAAGAACUUGUUUACAAAACUUUUGCAAAAUCUAAUGUUGCUAUGUACAAUUAAUAUCCACUUAGGGGAGGGGGUUGUAUGUGUGCCAUUUUCCAUAUUCGCCACUUGUAUACAGUUCUAAAUUUGCUGAAUUGCCCCCAGUUUUUUCAUACAGGGUCUCUUCCUUCAGUCUUUUGUAUUUUUGAUUGUUAUGUAAAACUUGCUUUUAUUUUAAUAUUGAUGUCAGUAUUUCAACUGCUGUAAAAUUAUAAACUUUUAUACUUCUAUAAAUUCACUAGUAUCUCUAGUUACUUUGCUAUCUGAUGCAGGCAUGCUUUAAAAUGUUAGAACUAUAUUUAGCCUCUAGCUGGCUGUAUGAAAAAAAAAAUCAUGCCCUCCACCCCCUUCCCUCCCUGAAUUUGUUUUUCUAUCUUUCAGAAACUAGGUUGUUAUUGCUUAAGAGCCUCUGAGAUCCAAAGUCAGCCAGCAUCCUUAUUCUGCAUCACUUCCUUUGUGUUUAUAUGGCGUUCUGUCUGUGUUGCUGUUUAGAGUAAAUAAACUGUUUAUAUAAA